AUGGCCUCAUUCCUCACAACAUUGCUCGCCUGCCCGCUAGCAUUGCUAUCCAUCUACGCCGGCCAGAAAUCGUAUCACGCAAUCAUGAAUCUGCACAGUGACCAAGAUCGCGCCGAAAAGGCCGCAGAGCAUUCCAACAAAGCGGCGCGCGAGCUGUGGCGCAUAAGGCUCACCCAGGCAGGCGGGGCUGCUACGGUACUCUUGUCGCUCGUUAGCACCCUCGCACUUGUCUUUCUGAGUGCCGCCCCAGAAUUGUUGGCGUCGGUCAAUGUAGCAGCUGAGAUUUCUGCGUCCUUGUAUAUUUCUGGGUACUGGAGGGCUAAAGCUGAAGUGCCCUUUAUGACCGAGUACAACGAGGCUAUCAGGAGGAGUAACGACUUGAGGAGGUUGUUGAUCGCUUUGAGUGCUGGGUGGGCUUUUACUGGAGCCGUGGGAUAUCUGGCAACUUGA